UAGUCAUUCAGACAGCAGCAGUACUGGAGCAGGUAUGACGGCUGCCGCACUCAGCGGCACCAUCUUGCUUCAACAACAUGAACAAUUCAGUAAAGUAUCACUGCCACGAUCAGGAAGAAAACACAAACUAUCAUAUCAGAUCUGCAAAGAAUUAGAAGCUACUGGAACACAGAUUUCAGUAUACACAGUCAAGUGUGUUUUACAUCAUCAUGGGCUUAAAGGCUGCUGUGCAAGAAGGAAGCUCUUCCUCUAGAAGCAGCACUUUAAAACUCAUCUGAAGUUUGCUGCUGAUCACAUGGACAAAGAAAAGGCCUUCUGGAGGAAAGAGUCUGUCUGUCUGCACUGUGAGGAUUGGUGGAACCAAUGUGAAGUGGAAGAGCUGAAAGGCCACAUUGACUGCAGGAUCACACUAGUUUCAGUUGGAACAGAGAGAAACUCAGUCACUGGUGCUCAGAGGAGAAAAUGGCUCAGGAAGGAGUUCAGCUGGACCAAGAAACCUUCUCUUGUUCCAUCUGUCUGGAGCUACUGAAGGAUCCGGUGACUAUUCCAUGUGGACACAGCUACUGUAUGAAGUGUAUUAAUACCCACUGGGAUGAAGAGAACCAGAAGGGAAUUCACAGCUGCCCUCAGUGCAGGAACACUUUCAGACCGAGGCCUGUCCUGGAGCAAAACACUAUGUUAGCAACUUUAAUGGAGGAGCUGAAGAAGACUGGACUCCAAGCUGCUCCUGCUGACCACCACUAUGCUGGACCUGAAGAUUUGGCCUGUGAUUUCUGCACUGGGAGGAAGAGGAAGGCUAUCAAGUCCUGUUUAGACUGUCCAGCCUCUUACUGUGAGAAUCACCUUCAGCCUCACUAUGAUGUACCUCCAUUAAAGAGACACAAGCUGGUGGAGCCCUCCAAGAACCUCCAAGAGAGCAUCUGCUGUCGUCAUGAUGAGGUGAUGAAGAUGUUCUGUCGUACUGAUCAGCAGUGUAUCUGUUAUCUCUGCUCAGUAGAGGAACAUAAAGGCCACGACACAGUCUCAGCUGCAGCAGAAAGGAUGAGGUGGCAGAACGGGCUGGACGAAAGUCGACAGAAAAUCCAGCAGAGAAUCCAGAGCAGACAUAAAAAUUUGAGGCUGCUUCAGCAGGAGCUGAAGGACCUCAGUGUCUCUGCUGAUCAAACAUUGGAGAAGAGUUGGAAAAUACUAGAGGCGCUGACUCGUCUCAUCCACAACAGUAGCAAUGUGCUGCAUGGGCAGAUCAGAUCCCAGCAGCAGACUGAAGAGAGUCAAGUCCAAGAGCUUCAGAAGAAGGUGGAGCAGGAGAUCAGUGAUCUGAAGAAGAAAGACGCUGAGCUAAAGCAGCUCUCAGAUACACCAGAUCACAUCAUGUUUCUCCACAGCUGCCCCUCAAUGUCAUCACUCGCUAAGUCCGCACGCUCAUCCAGCAUCAACAUCCGUCCUCGGAGACACUUUGAGGACGUGCUAGAAGUUCUGAAAGAGCUCAAGGAAGAAAUACAGAACAGUUUGAAGGACACCUGGGGAAGCAUCUCAGAGAUAAUCAGCCUGCCGGAUCUUUUGGUGCAAGAACCACAACCGAGGACCCAGUUUGAAUUCUUCAGAUAUAUUUGUGACAUCACUCUGGAUCCAAACACAGCAUUCACAUCGUCGGUUUUAUCUGAGGGAGACAGAAAAAUAUCACUAGUGAGUCAAGAUCAGUAUUAUCCUGAUCAUCCAGACAGAUUCACUGAAUGGUGUCAGGCUCUGAGCAGAGAGAGUCUGUCUGGACGUUGUUUCUGGAACGUGGUGUGGAAAGGACGAUAUUGUAUGGCAGUCGCAUACAAGAGUAUCAGCAGAACAGGAAAGGAUAGUGGAUUUGGGAGAAACGACAAAUCCUGGGCAUUAGCAUAUCAUGACAACAUUUUUGAAUUUUGGCACAACAGCAUCAAAACUCCCAUCUCAGCCCCUCACACCUCUAUAUUGGGAGUUUACCUGGAUCACAGAGCAGGUAUUCUGUCUUUCUACAGCAUGUCUGACACCAUGAUUCUCCUCCACAGAGUCCAGACCACAUUCACUGAGCUGCUACAUGCUGGAUUCUGGACGGACGAAUCUGUUGAGUUUGUUCAGUUUGCUCGUUGUUUUGAAUAGAAGACAGACUACUUCUCUCCAGUUAAGCUGUUUAUUUUGUAAAUAUCAGUGUCUCAAAAGAAUCUUGUACAAGGACCUUUUCUGUUUGGAACAGCCUCCCAGAAAAGGAUAAAGUCUGCUAUGAACAGGACAAUCCCCAGGAGCUGCACCCGGUGAAAAGAACCCUCCUGCAAACUUUUUCCCGCGUUCUCCCAGUUUGUAUUAUUCCAUUGUUAGCUGAGAUGUGAUGCAGCCAUUAGUGGUAUCUCGCAGGAAAGAUUAUUAUGGUUUCCUCCCUCAAACGACCUUGAGUUAGCAGUUUGAGUAAAAUUAGUUGUCACUUUAUGAGAAAAUAAGAAUGUGCUGUGUAUCAAGGUCCAAACUAUCUUUGUUAGUGUGUGCAUGUGUAGCAGAAGCUGGAACUUUCCACUAACUCAGAGAUUCCGCUUGUGAUGACUUUUAUUUUAAGCAUGAAAAUGUCAGCUUCUCUGUCCUCUGAAUGUCUCAUGAACAUUUGUAUGGAUCUGUUCAUAUGCUGCAGUUUUUCUUCCUCUUCAUGAGCCUCAGCAGAGAAAUCAACAGACCUUCUGCCACCACGGACAUUUUGUUCUCACCGCUUUGUAAAUGUGUUAAGAAAUCUAGAAUUGCAUUUGUUUUGAAUGAUCAAAAUGAUUACAUGAUCUACAGCUGAUAUGUUUUCAAUCUGUUUUCAAUCAGUAAUUCUGUUUAUUAUUGAUGAGGAAAUCAUUGAUUAACUGAGGUUCUGGGUUUAACAGAAUGAUUGUGUUGAAGAGAAUUUUACUUUGAAAUCAGCAAAUAGUAAUUUUUUUUCGUGCUUAAUGUGUGAAUAAACUGUUGGUUUUAAUCAUUAAUAAAGAUGAUUUGAUCCUU